ACUAUUUUGCGAAAACAGACGGUCUCGAAAGGCUAUUGGCUGUCACCUUCGUUCAGCGACGCUGAUUGGCUGCUGCCUGUUUCCGGGGCUCUGUUCCAUUAGUGACGUUUUCCCAGUCGCCGUGAGACAGAUUGGGGAGAAUGGCUGCCAGUGGAGACACAGGAAAGCUGUUACAAGUACAGAAUGGGACUCCAGCAAGCACAAGCUACAAUGGGGUAGAUGCCCUACAUGCCUGUAACAUUCUCCAGCAGCUUAAAGCCUUGUACGACGAAGCUCAGCUGACUGACAUUGUCGUGGAAGUGGACCAUGGCAAGACAUUCUCUUGUCACAGAAAUGUCCUCGCUGCCAUCAGCCCAUACUUCAGAUCCAUGUUCACAAGUGGCCUUACAGAGAGCAGUCAGCGGGAGGUGCGGAUUGUUGGUGUUGAAUCAGAGUCCAUGCAUUUGGUUCUGGACUAUGCUUACACCUCACGUGUCACUCUCACGGAGUCUAACGUGCAGGCACUGUUCACCGCUGCCAGCAUCUUCCAGAUCCCAGCCCUCCAAGACCAAUGUGCCCAGUUCAUGAUCAGCCGUUUGGACCCUCAGAACUGCAUUGGGGUCUUCAUGUUCGCAGAUGCUUAUGGCCACCAGGAGUUGUGGGAGCGCUCACAGGAUUACAUCCGUAAGAAGUUCCUGUGCGUGAUGGGAGAGCCGGAGUUCCUUCAUCUGACCAAAGAACAGCUGGUCAGCAUUCUCAACAGUGAUGAUUUGAACGUGGAAAAAGAGGAGCACGUGUAUGAAAGCAUCGUGCACUGGUUGGAGUAUGACUGCUCGCGUCGGGAGGUGGAUUUACCUGAGGUUUUUGCCAAAUGCAUCCGCUUGCCACUGCUGGACGAGGCCUUUCUGAGCCGUAUACCCCCAGCCUUCGCCCUGGCCUUGUCCAGGGAUUCCUCUGAUAAGGGUCAGCUCAACGGGACCAAUGGCUGUCCACAGCGGCUGGGUAUGACUGCAUCAGAGAUGGUCAUCUGCUUCGACGCGGCUCACAAGCACUCAGGGAAGAAGCAGACCGUGCCUUGCCUGGACAUUGCUGCCGGGAAGGUGUACAAGCUGUGCAAGCCUCCCAAUGACCUCAGAGAGGUUGGCAUUUUGGUCUCAUCAGAGAACGACAUCUUCAUUGCCGGAGGCUAUCGACCGAGCAAUAGUGAGGUGUGCAUCGACCAUCGUGCAGAGAGCGACUUCUGGCAGUAUGAGCAUGCUGGCAACAGAUGGCUCCCGCGAUCACCCAUGUUGCGGGCGCGCAUCGGCUGCAAGCUAAUACACUGCUACGGGAAACUCUACGCUCUGGGUGGUCGAGUGUAUGAAGGGGAUGGACGAAAUGCUUUGAAAUCUGUGGAGUGCUAUGAUGCCAGAGACAACUGCUGGACAGCGGUCAGUCCCAUGCCAGUGGCCAUGGAGUUCCACAGCACAGUAGAGUAUAAGGACCGCAUCUAUGUGCUGCAAGGAGAAUACUUCUUCUGUUUUGACCCCCGCAAAGACUAUUGGGGGCAUUUACCGUCUAUGAACGUUCCCCGCACUCAAGGCUUGGCAGCCCUGUACAAAAACUGCAUCUACUACAUAGCAGGCAUCUGCAGGAACCACCAGCGCACGUUUACUGUCGAGGUGUACGACAUCGAGCAGAACACCUGGUGCCGUAAAAGAGACCUCCCCUUCGAGCAAGCAACCAGCCCCUACAUCAAGGUGCUUCUGCUUCAGGGCAGAUUGCAUCUGUUUGUUCGAGCUACGCAAGUCAUGGUAGAAGAACUCGUGUUCCGUACCAGCCGCAAGAACUCUCUCUACCAGUAUGACGAUGAAGCCGACCAAUGGACAAAGGUCUAUGAGACGCCGGACCGCCUCUGGGACCUUGGCCGCCAUUUUGAGUGUGUGGUGGCCAAACUAUACCCUCAGUGUCUUCAGAAAGUGCUGUGAGUUCGAGGAGGGGUGCUGUUUGAGACAGCUGAUUAAUGUUUUUGGAGAAGGGAUGGUGGUACUGCUCAAUACAUGGUGCUGUUUGUGUCCCUAACACCAGAACUGCAGGGGAAGUCUUAAAGCAUUAAAGGUUUCAAUCAAUUAACUCGGGUGCUGUUUGAAAAAGUAAAAAAAAAAAACGCAGUAUUUUAUGUUCGACAAUUGUGCGCACAGCACCCACAGAAUCGCUUGUUUUACAGUUAGAAAAGUGAAUCAUAAGUGCAAUUAUCUUUAGUGUUUUUUUUUUGCAGAUGUUGAGUUGUUUCUGCUCCAUUAUAUCUUUAAAGGUUUUGUUGCUGUUUUGGCUUGGGUUGUUGGCAUGCAUCGUUGGCGAACAUGAGCAGUUAAUGUCCUUAAGGACAAGCAGUAUGUCAACACUUGAGUAAAGCAAGAAAAGAAUAAUAGGUGGAAAAAUAAAUAUGUAAAGCUAUAAAUAUUCAUACGGGUAUGAUGAGCGUUUUUGCUCAGUGUGAAUACUGAAUUUUUGAAUUGUCAUGUCUUUCAGGUUUUCAGAUGAAUAAGUUGAUCCAUGCCACCUACAAAGAGACUUUCUGUGGUUUGCUUAAGAAUUUAGUUCGAGAAUUUUGAUUAUCAAUGAAAAGUAAUUUGUUUGCCAAGAUGCACACAUAGGUGGCUCUAUUUUGUUUUCUUAAUCUUUGGUUUUCCUUUUUAAGUCGACCCAUGUGCUAUAACAUUACAGCAGUUUUUAAUUUUCAUUUAGACUCUGCUUUUAUGAUGUUUUUUUUUUGAGCCCAGCUCCCAAAUCGAAAUCUAUAUCUUUGCAAUUUCGCAUCACCAGCCAGAUCUUUAGUGAGGUUACAAGGUUUUACUCAGUCUCCAUAUUGGAGAACAAAAAAGGAUACCAGCUUUAUGUGUAGCUGAAAUCAAAAGUGGGCGAUUUGUUGACCGCCAAAACAGCUCAGAUCAGGAGGGGACAUCGAUAGGGUUGGAGAAGAGGUAGCCAAAAUGUGGAUGCCCUACAUUCCACUGUCAUUUACUGACGACUCGUAUCUGAAACCUGCAAGUGCAGUUUGAAGAUGGAUGCCUCCAAAAUGCCAAAACGUGUUCAAGGAGUCUUAGCCUGCACCCCAAGGCAGCAAUAACAGGUGUUCUGUCAUUGUUCUUUAGACAAAGUACAAUAGAAAUU